AUGUCCAACUUCACUGCUAGGGUUCAAUUCACCCUCUGUGGGUUUUCCAACAUUUUGGAAGUACAGAUCCUCUUUUUCGUGUUCUUUCUAACCAUUUACCUGUUGACUCUUCUUGGCAAUGUCCUCAUAGUCCUUGUCGUACAUUCCAACCCUCCGCUCCAUUCUCCCAUGUACUAUUUCCUCUGUGAGCUCUCUCUCUUGGACAUGUUCUAUUCCAGUGCUACGGUGCCCAAGAUGUUGACCGGCAUCCUGACGGGUUCUCACGCCAUUUCCUUCGAGGGCUGUGUAGCUCAGCUCUAUUCCUUCCACUUCUUUGGAGGCACCGAAUGCUUUCUGCUCACCGUCAUGGCGUACGACCGAUACGUAGCCAUAUGCAACCCACUCCAUUAUGCUGGGAUCAUGAACAGGGUAACUUGCUUGAGGCUGGUGGCUGCCACGUGCCUGGUGGGCUCCCUCCAUUCCACCCUUCAGACUGUGCUCACCUUCCAGCUCCCUUACUGUGGGCCUUACCAGCUUGACCACUAUUUCUGUGAUGUCCCACCAUUACUGAAGGUGGCCUGUGCAGAAACUUUUCUGAAUGAGACGGUCGUGGUGGUGAACAUCGGAGUCGUGGCGCUGAGCAGUUUUGCUCUGAUCCUCGGUUCCUACCUCCGCAUUGUUGCGGCGAUUCUCAAGAUGCAUUCUGAGGAGGGGAAGAAGAAGGCCUUCUCCACCUGUGCUUCUCAUCUCACUGUGGUGGUCCUCCUCUACGGCCCUUGCAUCCUGAUCUACACGCAACCCUCAAUCAGCCACCCAGUACUGAAGACAGUGGCCCUUUUUUACACGUCUGUGACACCUGCCCUGAAUCCCAUCAUCUAUACCUUGAGGAAUGAUGAAAUCAAAAAGGCUGUGGACAAACUGGCAUUCACUAAGAUAUUUUCUUGA